AUGGAAAAAUUUCCUUUCGCAGUCCUUAUGGAAGAACAGAGAUAUACAACACACGAGGGGGUCCGGAAAUUAAUAUAUGAUCCAUUCUGUUCCGCCACUGUCCUCUCUUCCACUUGGACGCUAACAGCCUCACACUGCAUUGACUAUAUGAAUAUUAUGUUGGUACCACUAUUUAUUCGUUAUAAUACAACAGGUGAGCCGGAACGAAAAAAAAUUCUUAAAAUCAUCUCGAAUCCAAAUAGGCCAAUUAACGAACGCCUAGCAAAUGACAUAGCUUUAGUGAAAACUGAUAGCAUCCAACUUCCAUUUUACGCGAAACUCAGCUCAGUCGACUAUACCACUCUCGUUGGACAAGAAGCGAUACUCUUAGGUUAUGGAUUAACGUAUACUGAAUAUGAAAAGGAUCCAGGAACAAACUUUACUUUAAAAAUGAUGGAUGUUAUGCUGAUGACAUGUAAACGUACUCCGCUUUCAAAGUUAUAUCUAAGUAUAUGUACAGUACCUAAGUGCGGGGUAACAGAGUUCAUUUGUCCAGGAGAUUCAGGAGGCACAGUUUUGCAUAAUUCGGGAGUUAUUGGUGUCCACUUUGGGGUUGUUAGGUGUUACGAAAAAAAGAAUAGCCCGCUUUAUGGAAGAUUCAACUAUGCGAGUAUAAGUGUACCCGUCAGCCCAUAUUUAGAUUGGAUCAGAAGUGAAAUUACAAGAGAUUAA